CCGAUAUAGUCUACUUCUGUUUGCGUCGCUGAAAAUGCGGCUGAAACUUCCACAAAAGCGUCAAGUUUUUUUGCGUUGGUUCUGUAGCGAGUUUUGUUUUAUCACAAACCCGACGAGAUCAAAGUAAGCAAUCGUCUGUUUGUGUUGGUUAUUAAAUAAAUACCCGGUGCUCGGUUUAAAAAUACCCGAAACCGCUUCGACACCCUAGAUGUGGUCGUGUGCCACAUGUUAAGUAUUUAUAGAAUGGAUGUUACUAGAUAAAUGCUGCAAAUGUAGCACUCGUGCGUAAACAGUCAUCAUACGCAAGACCGUGGUGAAAUCCUCACAAAUACACAAUAUAACCUUUUUGAGAAUGGGAAAGGUCUGUGAAUGCCUCAGUGUAGCUACUGUGUGGUGAAAUCUAACCUUUAGGCUGGACUCUAAGGAGCCUUAAACAUUUCCAUAACAUGUGACAUCCUCACAUGAAUUCUUUGCACCUCUGGGUUGCCCAACAUGCUUGUGCAGUGUGGUGUCCAGCUCGUAGCUUGUGGGAUAUGACGGUUUAACCAGCUGUCACGGUAUUUCUGUGUCAUGCAUGCUUUCAGUGAGGUGUGGGGGGGUGAGAUGUCCCUAAGUUAGCCCUGAAUAGAAUAAUCGCUGCUUUAGAGUCCCCUCCUAAAAAAAAAAAAAAAAAAAAAAAACACAAGUUUGGGCAUGUGUGCAGGGCUGCUGUCUGACUGUGUUGGGAUGUUCAGAGAAAGAAUUCCUGGGGCAUUUCAUGGAAUACAUACUUGAACGCUCAUUCAUACAGACUCGUAAGGACAGAUAGAUACUUUAUUUAUCCCGAGGGAGUAUUUUGUGUGUGUGUGUAUUUCUUUUAAUCUGUUGAGUUUUAUUCAUUCUGUACUGCGUAUUUACGCAAAAACACAACUUAUACAAAUGUGCUACAUCUUGAUACGUUCACUAAUGUUUAUACUUAAUACUUUUGUACUGACUGUGCAUCCUGACCACUAGUGACCUCUCUAAGAUGUUGUAUCUUUUACGUAAGCCAGAAACAUUUACCAUACAUGGCUGGUUUAGCUUUUCUUUUCUUUUUUAAAAAAAUUGAUUGAUCAUAUUAAAAAAAAAAACAACAACAAAAAAAAAACCAUAAUGAGUUCAAUUUGCUGUGUAAAUUUUGGACUGUGAGGGCGGUUGAGGUUGCGUAAUUCAUCAUUAGCCUGGUCUCUGUCAUAAAAUCUGUUGCUACCAGUCCAGCUGCUCUGUUACGGCCCAGUGAGUAAUUAAUUGCAGGGAUUUCCGGCAGGCAUUGUUUGAGCCACCCUUUGAGGUUUUUCAAGAUCAACUUUAAAAAAAAAAAAUAUAGAUGAAGAUCCCACUUCUUUGUUCUGUGGCACAAAGGACUUUUUUUGGUAGUCUUUUGUACCACAGAGGUGCCAUGGUUAUCGCAACACAUUUUGUUUCCAGAUUUUCUAAGUUCCUAAAAAAGCUGUUAUGCACAGAGGCCUUGUGAGGAAAGGCAUGUUCUAAGUAUGCAGCAGAUGCUCAUUUGUCAUCCCGUUGUGUUUCAGAGAAUAUUUCUCCCUCAGCAACAACCGUUAAAUUAAAUGUUGAGUUACAGAUUUCCACUGAAGCACUAAAUGUUCUGUGUAUUAGAUUAUUCAAAUUAUGAGGGGGGGAAAGUCCUACUGUAAACGUGUCAUAUCAUUACCUGUGGUGAUAGUGGUCCUUAUCUGACCUUUUAAUAUGUUGACAUAAGUGACAAGUCCUGUGACUUUGAAAGGCGAGUCAGCUGUAAAUUUUUUACCAUGCAGCGCACCUAUUCGUAGAAGCUUCAUAGAAACUGUAUUUCACUUAAGUGAAUAUUAUGUCCAGAACAGUUUCACUGAAAUAUGAACUUAAGUGCUUUAUCAAGAACAAACGUCUGGGGAGGCGCCAGCGUGUUUGGUAAUACCUUCCACAGCUGACGUUUAUUCCUUAACUGGGGAGCUCGGGGCGUUGAGAGCCACAAAACUUCAGGUACAGCUCAGGAGAAGUAAGGAGUGUGUUCUGACUUCCGUGUCUUUCUACAGUUUUUGACCUCACUGCAGCGGGUCCGCCUGAAGUUUAGCGACUGACGAGAUGCGUUCCAGUGUGGACGGACCACCGGGUCCCGUUGGCAGCGGAGCGACUCAAAGCGGAAAUAACAUUACUAAUAACAACAACAACAACAGCAGCAACGGUGACGGCGGCAGCAAUGAAAACAAUGGAAACUCAGGCUCCCAGUAUGCACUGUGUGCUCUGGGGCUCGGACUUAUUGCCCUCGGAGUUGUGAUGAUCGUGUGGAGUGUGGUGCCCGCGGACGCAUCUUUUAAUGGCAGCAGCUCACCAGGAGGAGGGAACAACACCGGUGGCAGGAAGACCAAAGCAUCUUCUGUGGCUUUCGUCUUGGCGGGCUCUGGGGUGGUCAUGCUGCUGCUGUCGCUGUGUCUGGGAAUGAGGAACAAACGGCGAGAGCAGCUGAUGCUGCAGGAAUCACAGAACCAAAGGCAAGCGGCAACAAGGCAGCAGGAGGAAGCAGAAACUGCAGAGGAGCAGGAGCAGCGUUAUGCCGUCCCCACCUACGAAGAGGCUGUUGGCAGCGGCCAGUACCCCGUCCGUCAGAGCAACUUUCGCCCCAGCACAUCCCAGCUGCCCUCCUACGACGACCUGGCCCAAGUCGACGGCGUGCAGUAUGAGAACGAGGGGCCGGAGGCCGCACAGCCCGCCUCUGCCACCGCCGCCUCUGCAUCAAAUCGUAAACCCGGAAAAAAUAACCGCAAGCUCCUCCCCAUCAAGAUCCGCAGGAUUAAAUCAGAGAAGCUACACAUGAAAAACAACUCUCUGCCAGGACCUGGUAUCAGUAUUGAACCGCUUACCCCGCCGCCACAGUAUGACGAUAAAGUGAGUCCACUUUAAGACUAGGCUGAUUACAUGAAAAACAAUCAGGGGAAAGUCCUGAAAUCCCUCCGCGAUCAACUUUUCUGUGGAUCUGGAUCCGUCUUCAAGCCGAGACAUGGAUAUGACUCCUUUUGGGAUGUUCUCAGUGGUUUUUAUUUAAAAUGAAUUAUGUGUCCAAUUCAUCAAUAUGCCACGUAACUCCAAAGUUCUGAACGGGAGGAACCUUUAUUUGACCUUGGAUCUCUGGAACAGACACAGAUUGAGGGUAAUGGUUGUCAUCGCUGGGUCCUUUAUUACUGUCGCUUUUAUAUAACCAACCUCCACCGUGCACCGACUGUACCUGUGAGUUGAUGGAACAAGAGGUCAGUGGGGGGUUAUAGUAAAGGUUUGUGUGCAUGUCACUCACCUUGUGACAUUUAUGAUGUCCAUUUAGGCCAUGUUUCACAGUGGGAGACUUGUACUCGUACUACCAGCAGAUAACCAGAUGCAGACUCCACUGUGUGUGACUCAGGUUGUGUGACAUUAUGUCAUAUUAUGCUACAGAGAUACUCUUGUUCAUUCCUCCAAAAAACAUUGUCUCUUCUGACACGUUGGCAGGAAGUUAGAGAUUAAAAUUGUUUAUCUAAAAUUUGUUCCGCUGUGAGUUAUGGAGCUGCCCUCGCUUGAUGACCAGCGAAGGCUAAGUAGCAUAGAUGCUAGCUGAAAAAUGUUGAAAUGCUACCAAGCUGCAGCUAGCGGAUAGCCGAUAUUAGAUGUUGUCUUUUUUAUCUGCGGUUCAAAUUCCACCAGCUGGCGAGGAAGUGAUCGUCGUAGCCUCGAGCUUAAAUGCUAAACUCGCUAGCAGCUUUCUGACAGUUUCCUGUGGCUCCUGAGCCAUUUUGUGCUUGGCAAGCGGUUGACAUUCAUGUCUCACAAGACUCAACCGCUUGCAGGCAUGUCUGUAAUCAUAUUUACUCUUGCCAGUGCUGCAGCGCUGUUACGAUUUAAGGGAAGUUACUCUUUCUAGGAGGAAAUAAUUUUCCUGGAAGACCAAGGACUUGUCUUGGCAUCUUUGAGUAAUGCUAACUGGGUUUGCCCUCCGGUUGUGCACACUAAAGCACUAUUAAAUCCCUUUAUGCUCAGAACAACACUUCCUAAAACACAAGCAUUGUGUGACUAAACCUAAGCAAGCACUAAUGUUACGCAGUGUCACUUCUGCCCUUGCAGACGGCAGGAAUAGAAGGAAGUACGUGAAAACACGUUUGAAUGAACUUGAAUGGCUGAAAGCCCUUGCCCUGUAGCCAUGGUGAACACCGUUGACUAGUGAAGGCAGCAGUGUAGUCUGUGCAGUUUGUUUUUAUCCUAGAUGACCAACAGAAAGACUUCUUUCACUGUGCAGCUGUGCCAUAAUCGCAGCAACUGUUGCUCGCUGGCUUUCUUCGACCGCAGCUUGACACGCAGCCUUGUUUUCUGUCGAAAAGUAUGCAGAGAAUGAGCAGAAACAGAAGAAGAGACUGCUCAAGGGUUUAUUUAGGGGAAUGGUUUGCACAAUAUCUAAGCAAUCCCUGUCUGCACACUCUGGUUUCCUCUUUAAACCAGUCUUGUUUAGACAUAAGCGGAUAAAUGUCAGUGAAGUUGCACAAAUAAGAGAUUCCCAUUUUGUUUUAAAGACAGGCGAAACUAAAUUUUUCAUUAUCGGGGUGUGCUUGACUGAAGCUAAAUGUAUGAAACACUAUUGUUGUCAGUACAUUGCUAGGUGUGUUUGACGUUUGAUGGACAGCAAUGCCAUUGAGUCACUUCGUAGAUGUCGUUGGAAUUCAUUCUGCAUUUAUUUGACUUGUUUUUUAAUGUUAAUGCUCAUCAUGUGAUUUCUCUCUAUUUUUUUUUUCUUAUGUUCUGUCCUGCAGAGAUUAGCAUUUUACCUCAUUUGCGAAAGACCAGUUAACUACAAAACUGACUGUAUAACUAUUUUGUCAAAAUGUUUUACAUCAAAAGGUGGAGGUGGACGGUCGAGGAAGGCCGUUGAUAUUUGAACCCAAACCCAAGCAAAUACGCGAGCAAUACGCCUUGUAAUGGAACUAAACUUAAUCUCCGUAGUUGGUUUUCAAACUGCUGAUGCAAACUCAGCAGCGAACUUGCAGACACACACCACCGCACAACACAGCAGCUCUAUUGUUGCUGCAGCUACCAAUGAAAAUAAAUAC